UGGGCGCCCCAGGAAGGCAGCCUGGCUGCCCAGUGUGUGUCCACUGACUGCGCUUCGCCACCGAUCCGGGGGCCGGCAAGAGCGCAUCCCGUCGCCCAGCCGCCUGCUUCUCCCUGCCUCUGCCAUGGCAGCCAUUCUCCUAACGACCAGAGCCAAGGUGCCAGUAUCUUUUGAGGACGUGUCCGUGCACUUCAGCAAGACAGAAUGGAAGCUUCUGGAUCUCAAACAAAGGAUCCUCUACAAGCAAGUGAUGCUGGAGAACUACCGCCAUUUAGUGUCACUGGGAUUUUCAUCCUCCAAGCCUCACCUGGUCUCCCUGCUGGAGCGAGGGGAGUGGCCCUGGGUAACAGACAGCCGGACAAGGGCUGCCGUAGGAACACAGGCAGAUGAAAGGAUCAAGAGCAAGACAUUGAGUUCCAAGAAGAAACAUUGUCCAAAAGAAUGCAGCAAGGGCCAGGGAGCCAGGCUGCUGUUGGAGACACCUGAGCAGACACAGAAACCUGUUCGUUCUCCAGAGGCAGGUUCCAGCAGGGGUGACCAUCACAGGGAGAAAGGCCAAGGCAGCUCCUCGGGGGCGGGAAGAGAGCCAGUGCAGAGAAGCAACCACAGCGUCAGGCAGGUUUCAGUGUCAAGGCCACAGAGUUCCAAAGGCGCAGAGAAGCGGUACCUCUGUCAGCAGUGUGGGAAAUCCUUCAGCCGGAGCUCCAACCUCAUCAAACACCGCAUCAUCCACAGCGGCGAGAAGCCCUACGAGUGCUCAGAGUGUGGGAAACUCUUUCGGCGCAGCUUCGCCCUCCUGGAGCACCAGCGCAUCCACAGCGGUGAGAAGCCCUUCGAGUGCAAUGAGUGCGGGAAGACCUUUACGCGCAGCUCCAACCUCAUCAAGCACCAAAUUAUCCACAGCGGCGAGAAGCCCUUCAAGUGCUCAGAGUGUGGGAAACUCUUCCGGCGCAGCUUUGCCCUCCUGGAGCACGAGCGUAUCCACAGCGGCGAGCGGCCCUACGAGUGCAAUGAGUGCGGGAAGUCCUUCAGCAGGAGCUCUAACCUCAUCGAGCACCAGCGGACCCACAGUGGCGAGAAGCCCUACAAGUGCAGCAAGUGUCCAAAAGCUUUCAAGGGCAUCUCCCAGCUCAUUCAUCACCAGCGCAUCCACAGCAGGGAGAAGUCAUUCCAGUGCAAGGAGUGUGGAAAGGCCUUCCGGGGGCGCUCGGGCCUCAGUCAGCAUCGUCGGGUGCACAGUGGUGAGAAGCCCUACGAAUGCAGCGACUGUGGGAAGACCUUCGGCAGACGAUCCAACCUCUUCAAGCACCAGGCGGUUCACAGGGAGGAGAGGCCCCACAAGUGUCAAGACUGCAAGAAGGUGUUCCGGAGCAGCUUAGACCUCCUGGAGCACCGGCAGGCGCAUGAAUGCCAAGGCCUGCAGCAAGAGCGAGGAGAAGCCUUGCACAUGUGGCGAGUGUGGCAAAUGUGACAAGGCCUUGAAGGGAAAAUUGCAGAAAACUCGCCAUGGAAAGAAGACUUCGGAGGACAGCGACAAUGAAAAAG